AUGACACCCCAUAAUUACGGCCUUUCAAUAAACAUAUACGGCCGCGGCUACGCCAAACUCGGCGAUGGGCCCUCUCACAUGGGAGUCGCCAUCUACGAGUACGGUUCCUCAACCUGCGAGAUGCACCAUAUACGCCACCCCACAGACGAUUACUUCAUCUAUGAUCCGCGGCCACAGCCGCUCGAAGAUCCAGUACUCAAAGGUUGCUGUGAACUUGCUUCUCUCUCUUCUGAGCAGAGCCAACAAGCUGCUAGCUUGAUCUUCGCGUUUGGGAACGACGAAUCCAACAUCCCCGAGUUCGGGGUCGGAAAUUGCCAAGACUGGGUUGCUGCUUCUGUUGGAAUGCUUGAGCAUGCUCGCUUUGUUUCCUCUUGA